CAUGCUCCCGGAGGUCAAAAGGUAUACAUCAGAACACAUCGGAAGGAAAGUCACAGACGAUAUAAUAAACUAUAUUUAGAGUAAUCAGGUUCUCUAAAGUCCUGCCAUUGACUGCAUUGUCGUUGUUGCCGCACGAGAAGGACUAUGAAUCCACUCAGUUCAGAGAAGGAAACAUUGAUGGAUGAAAUCGAAAAGAGUUUAUGGAAUUUAACUGAGGACAAUUUACGCUACAUGUGUGAACGUUGUGGAAUGGAUGGCCCUGAAAUUAAAGGGAUGAAUCAUCGCUUAUUAAGGCGUAAAGUCAUGGAGGAAAUGUGGGACAAUACGGAGUCAAUGAAAUCAGAGGAGCAGGGAAUGUCUUGGUUAGUCCAACUGAAAGAGGACAUCAGGAGGACACAGGAGGAGGGUAGCAGUGCACUCAUGAGUCCCAGCCAAUCGGAGGAUGUAGACCGCAAUGAAGAACACAACAAGGGGGACAGGGAUUGGUUGCCGAGCAACGGACUGACAGCGGAACCCUUGCAUCCCAGCCAAUGUGAUGAUGAUGCUGUCGACUGCGAUGAAGAUUGGAAUGAAGAGGGAGGAGCUGGGUUGCUUAGCAAUGGACUGGAGGCGGAGUCAGCUCCAGAGAGCCACAGUUACGACAAGCCUCCACCACCCCUCUCCCCUCUCCCAGAGUCUCCAGGUCAUGCCUCUACCCACAGGGCCUUAUUGUGCGGUCUGAAGAGGGUGUCUGUACGGCUCGACGACUGCAGGAAGACACCGGGGCAGAGUAGCCAUAUAAUACACAAGACAACACAGACGGGAGAGAAACCCCACAGCUGGUCUCAUGCUGAACAACACAAAACCCUCUCAGGAGACAGGCCUGGCUCCCAUAUCUGUGAUCACUGUGGGAAGAAUUUUGUCACAGCUACCAAUCUGAAAACACAUUUACUGUGUCUGUCUGGAGAGAAACCUUACAUGUGCUCUGAAUGCGGAAAGAGAUUCACGCAGGCCGGCAAUCUUAAGAGACACCAGAGAACUCAUACUGGGGAGAAGCCGUUUGUUUGUCCUCGUUGUGGGAAAGACUACAAUGAUUCUGGAAACUUAAAGAAACACAUGAGGUCCCAUGCUGUUAAACAACACACAGGGAACCCCAAAGUGAAACCUUACCUCUGCUCUGAUUGUGGGAAGCAAUUCAUUGGAAAACAAAGCCUUGAAUAUCACCGAGAGGUUUUUCACACAGAUCACCCUCACCGCUGUGGUCAAUGUAAGAAGAGCUUCAUAACUGCAGCAAGAUUGGAAUCGCACAUAAAAACAAGACACCCGCCAACUGAUCCUCUGAAGAAUCCACACGUGUGCUUAGAAUGUGGAAGGGGAUUCCCUGUGGCCGCUAGUCUUAAAAGACACCUGAGAAUUCAUUCUGAGGAGAAACCGUACUCCUGCCCUCAGUGUGGAAACAGUUACAGUGAUCGUGGAAAUUUAAAGAAACACAUCAGAACUCACACAGAGGAGAAACCUUACCACUGCUCGGUGUGCGGGAUGAAGUUCCGUCAUACAAAAACGUUACAACGGCAUCACCAGGAGAACCACAAGGGGGAGACACUGGGUCCCAUCCACAGACACCAAGACCCUCUUCCAUGCCCCCACUGCGGGGAGGUGUUCUCUACCAAGGCUCUUCUAAAGGAUCAUGUACGGACCCACCCUAGCCGGGUCCACUGCUCCCAGUGCGACAAGACCUUUUCCAAUAAAGGUAACUUACUUGUUCAUCAGAGGAAACACACUGGAGAGAGGCCUUACCUUUGCCCUCAGUGUGGGAAGAGUUUCUCUCUGGCAGGGAGUUUAAAACUUCAUCUCCGGAUUCAUGCGGGUGAGAAACCUUACUGCUGUACUUACUGUGACAAGAGAUUCACAAGGAAGGGCCACUGCAAUAGCCACAUGCGAAUCCACACUGGAGAGAAACCGUACCAAUGCCCUGACUGCGGCAGGAGGUUUGCUGACGGUAACGUCCUGAAAAACCACCGGCGUACCCACACAGGAGAGAAACCGUUCCAGUGCCGCAUGUGUGAUAAAGCCUUCGCCCAGUUGACCAGUCUGAAGAAACAUCAGGAGACACACAGCCAUAAUCACACUGUAAGAUAAAGCCUUGGCCCAGUUGAGCAGUAUGAAGAAACAUCAGGAGACACAAAUCCAGCCCGUCUCUGUCGGGAAUCGCUACGUACCACACAAUCAGUCCAUCCCUAAUACUUACCCACCCUGUCCCUUCGCUACGUACCACACAAUCAGUCCAUCCCUAACACUUACCCACCCUGUCCCUUCGCUACGUACCACACAAUCAGUCCAUCCCUAAUACUUACCCACCCUGUCCCUUUGGCCUUCACCAUGUUGGCAGUUCUAGGGAGGGAUUUGGGACCAGGGGACUGAAGUUACCAGAGACAAACAGCUGUAAAUACAACUUUGUAUUGCCGACUUCCUCUCAUUAGGGGCCAUCGGAAGGCAUUGGAUCAGGUGUCUUCUUGAUCUCUGGUUUUAAAAGACUUGUCAGCAAUCUUACCAACCAUGACCAGUUCAUUUUAAAUGACAAAUUUGGGUAUCCUGUUAGCCUGACAUCCAGACCUGUUUUGUGCUAACAUUCCACUCUCCAUGCCAUGUUUGGCAUAUUAGAAUGAGAAAAAUGGAUACUGUGUGGACUGUAAAGCACAACUAGACUGCUACCCAGGCUAGUAUCUUGUAUGUCUAACAACUAAUCUUUUUUUCUGUCUCAAACUGAAAUGAUUCUGCUCGGCUCCCCGUUCACGUUGAGUUCACAUUUUAGCCCGGGAGUUUUUGUAAUAACUGGGGAUGUUUAGAUAUGUUGUCCAUUUGAAUUUAUUGCUGAACCCCAACUAGAGUUAAUAAAAAUGGUGACAGCAAUGUGUUGUUGGAGUAGAUUUUUGAGUAAGAAUGUUUAUGCAUAACCUAGGGUCCUAGUAUAACCUAGGGUCCUAGUAUAAUCUAGAUUCCUGGCAUAACCUAGGGUCCUAGCAUAACCUAAGGGUCAAGCAUAAUCUAGGGUGCUAGCAUAACCUAGGGUCCUAGCAUACCCUAGGGGUCAAGCAU